UCGAUAUAUACAAAGAAAUGUCAACAGAAAACAGGCGUCUCCACUGUACCAGGAACUACAUCCACAUCCACCUGUUUGUCUCCUUCAUGCUUCGAGCCGUCAGCAUCUUCGUCAAGGACCAGGUGGUGUAUGCCAGCGCUGGCCUGCAGGAGUUUGAUGCAGUGCUCAUGGACAACUUCAAGACUGUGGCCAUGGCGCCGCUGGACAACUCUCAGUAUAUUGGGUGUAAAGUGACAGUGUUGCUGUUCAUCUAUUUCCUGGCGACUAACUACUACUGGAUCCUAGUGGAGGGCCUGUACCUUCACAGUCUCAUCUUCAUGGCCUUCCUCUCUGACACCAAGUACCUGUGGGGCUUCACCCUCAUCGGAUGGGGUGUUCCAGCACUGUUUGUGGCAGCAUGGGCAGUUGUCCGGGCAACACUAGCAGAUGGAAGGUGCUGGGAGUUAAGUGCUGGGAACAUUAAGUGGAUAUACCAGGUCCCCAUUCUGACAGCCAUCGGACUCAACUUUAUCCUUUUUGUGAACAUUGUGCGAGUGCUGGCGACUAAGAUCAGGGAGACCAACGCAGGGAGAUAUGACACAAGAAAACAGUACAGGAAGCUUGCUAAGUCCACCCUAGUGCUGGUGCUGGUGUUUGGGGUCCACUACAUUGUUUUUGUGGGGAUGCCUCACACCUUCCAGGGCCUCAGCUGGGAGGUCAGGAUGUACUUCGAGCUCUUCUUCAACUCCUUCCAGGGGUUCUUUGUAUCCAUCAUCUACUGCUACUGCAAUGGAGAGGUCCAGACAGAGAUCAAGAAGACAUGGACUCGUUGGAACCUGGCGUUUGACUGGAAGGGUCCAGUGGUGUGUGGCAGGUACCGCUACGGCUCGGUGCUCACAGUGCUCAACAACAGCACCAGCAGCCAGUCCCAGCUGGCCGGGGUCGUCCCUGCCACCCGAUCCACCACCCUCUUCUCCAGCCGGGUAUACCGGAGCAACGGACCCCCUACACUCAGCACCCAUGCCACCCUGCCUGGCUACGUCAUCAGUAACUCAGACCCAGACAGCCUCCACCCCUCCAUCCCAGAGGAACCAGAGGAGGACAGUGCCAAGCAGGUGGAUGACAUCUCUCUGAAGGAGACGCUGCCUGUACUCAAUAGUAGCAUGACCGCAGAUGAAGAUGAGGAGACGCUGUAGACAAGGGGAGAGACAGGAGGAUUUCCUGAAUAUUAAUAAUAUAUAUCUCGGCUGGGAAAAACACCAGUCCUUUGGGAUAGGGACCAAAGACUCCUGGCCCUAGACUUGGAACCGCAUGUACAUUCAUACAGAUACAAACAUACUAGUGCUGCGCGGGUUGGCUCAUAACCUGCAGUCCCCAUGGUUAUAUCCGCAGGGCGGGCGGGUUUAGGGUAAUUAAAU